GGGGGAGGCAAAACCUUAUUUGCCGUUCUCCUUGCUGCAGUAUAUUAUCAAAACUUUGCAUCUAUGGAACUGGACUGGGGAUGCUGAACCGCAUCAUGGGAACAAGAUUGAUUCAAAUGUUAUCCUGUUGAAUACUUCCAUAUUCUCAAUCUAUCGGGAAUCAAGGUGGAACUUUUAGAGAAAGUAGAUGAAUCAAGUGUCUGGUGCGCAAAACUUUUUUUUUUUCUUCUGACGGGGCAAAUUGAGCUGAUCCCACUGCAGCCAGCUCGCUGAGGAGAGGAGAGCGCUCGUCUUUCUUUCUCCCAGCCCAGUGGAUUGUAGCAAACUCUAUUGUGAUGCUAAAAUGAAGUCGUAAGAGGGAGAGAGGCUGACCAACGAUCAGAAGUGAAGCUAUCCACGGGAUUUCUGCUAAUCCAUUUGAACUAAACAUGUUUUUUGGGUUUGUUCCAUCCAUUUAAUGUUAUGUUUGUGGAGCGUUUCAUUUUCACCACUUGUUGACUGUUGGAACGAAGUAAAAGUGUUUCAACACACAGACUGGGGCGAGAGAGAGAGAAGGAAAACCAUGUUUCAUUCGCUGACUAAGAUUCAGUAGUGCUAGGAAAUGAUUCAGCCUGUCUGUUAGGAGUGGACAUGCCCCUCUCGGUAUGCGCUGCAGAAGACUUUAAUAAGAAAAUUAAAAUAUAACGAAUCAUUUAUUCAAUCUUUUCGAAAUCAUUUCCCCUCUGCUGUGGGUCUGGUGGACUGAAUAGGACCGAGCCACCAGGACCAGGCUGCCUGCUAGUGAUUAUGGAAAGCAGUCUCCCCAGCUCCAGUACAGUCAUACACCGAGGAAAGGCGCUGUUUGUGGAGGCUCGGCUCCUGGGUGGGGCGCCCUGGGGCUUUCAGCUCAAAGGAGGUCUGGAACAUGGACAAGAGUUGAUCGUCUCGAAGGUUGAGGGAGGUGGGAAGGCGGACCUGUUGGAACACCCCCUGUUGCCAGGUGACCAGGUGGUUGUCAUUAACGACGUGGAGCUCAGUGGAUUCAGGCAGGAAGCCAUCUCAUUGGUCAAAGGAUCCUACAAGACUCUUCGACUCACUGUUCGUAGGGAGUCCUUCCCAGGCCCCUGCUGUGACGAACCCACCCCUCUGACACUACCUUCCAUCGCCCCUCCCUUGGACCACCUCGCCCCCCCCAAGGAGACCCGUGGAGGAUGUUCUGGAGGGGUCAAACUCCGUAUCAAGAACAGACGCAGCGAGCCCGUCUCCAGACCUCACUCGUGGCACUCCACCAAACUAGGCGAGGGCCAGCCAGACCCCAGCAUGGUGCAGAUAUCCCAGGGCACCAUAGACCCUCCCUGGCAUCACACAUACAACUCCAGUGCGUCCACCUCAGACCUGUCAGGCUACGACCCAAGUUACCUGAGGAAGAGUCCAGACCAGUACAGUUCUAGAGGAAGUAUGGAGAGCCUUGGGGAGCACCACGGCCACCCAGCCUACAGUUCUUCCUGCCACCAGCUGUCUGCCUCCAAGUCUUCCAACAGCAUGGACCACCUUCACAGCAAAAGGGACUCAGCCUACUCCUCCUUCUCUACCAGCUCUAGUAUCCCAGAGUACCUAGCGGCCGCUCCGACCUUUAGUAAGGAGAGGUCAUACUCCAUGGAGACGGUUCCACAGAGGGGUGGGGUUAGCGGAGGAGGGGGAGGGGCCAUGGCGGAGGGCAUGCAGCAUGCUGACAUCCGAUACGUCCGUACGGUCUACGACCCCCAGCAGGGAGGUGCCCAAGAGCACGAGGUCAGCUCCGCUGCGUUGCUACGCAACCACGAGCCCGGCAGGGUGGGUUCUCGUAGUGGGGGCAAGGCCUCCUGUCACCGCGGCAGUAGUAACUGUAGUAACAGCAGUGGCGGAAGCAACGGCGGUAAUAACCAUGGUAAUAACCCCAAACGACACAGCGUUGGGCCGAUCUGGGGCCAGUCUCAGUCCGCCAGCUGCAGUUCCUAUGAAAGCCUGAAGGGGGCGCCGGCUCCUCCCAUGCGGAGUGACAGCUACGCGGCGAUCAGGCACCACGAGAGGCCCAAUUCCUGGUCCAGCCUGGAGCAGACUCGCUCCCUCAGGGCUCUCCACAAGGGGUCCACCUCCUCCUGGCACCACUCCUCUGGGUCCGUGGCCUCCGGCUCGGGGAAGGGCUCCUACGGGGCCGAGGGCCAGCUCCACACCGUCAUAGAGAAGAGUCCUGAGAGCAGCCCCACCAUCAAGCCCAAACAGGGCGUGGGUCAGGUCCCCCAGCCGCCUCAGCCCCAGAAUACAUCUGGCCGCCUCAUGUCGCCCCAGGGCAUCUACCCCGUGGCCCCUCCGGAGACCCACUAUGCACAGAUGCCCUCCAGCAGCCCCAGCAGUGUGUACCCAGGCCUGGCCAGGGAGAGAGAGCUCCAGGGGUUAGGGCUGGGGAUCAGUGUGGAUACAGGGAUCGAGGUAACUGUAGAGAACGGAUACCAAAGCAACACUUUCAACUCCUAUGUCACCUGUUCCAACCAGCCUCAGCAUCAUGACUUAGCUCAGCCUCCAACCAAACAGCCAGGCCAGCCUGUUGACAGAGGACAUGAGGAGACCCAAACCAAACUGGGUCUCUACAGGUCUCAUUUGAAGGGGGAGGGACAGACCGUCUCCCGAAGGCAGAGCCAGCAGGGUCAUGGACAGGGUCAGGUGUACAGACCCUCCUCAGCCCAGUCCAUAGGCCAGGAGAGGAGGGACCCAUACACUCCAGUCCAGCUGCGGAGAGAGACGCUACCCAGGUAUUCCCAGGGCUCAGAGAGUUACACUGAGAACCAUCAACAGGGACAGGUCAGACACACUGAACACAGCCAUCCAGACCCUCAGCCUCCCACUACCAUGCCCACUAAGAUAUCCAAGGGCCACGUUCCUCAGGGGAUCAGGAGUAGCAGUACCCCAGCCCAGGGGCCGGAUCAUCGGGUCAACAACCAGAGGUCCAGGUCCCCCCUCCGGCACUACAGCGACCCCAGUCCACCCCACCACCAGAGGAACCAGAGGGGAUCAGAGCACCCCUUGACCCGGCUAGAGAAUGCCCUAGCGGAGGUCCAGCGCUGUGCCAGUCCAGAGAGCUCCAUUAGGAGUCGGAGCAGCCACCAGAGGAGCCUGUCUGUCCUGGAGAAGGUAAACCGGUUCGAGCGCCACAAGCAGAGGAGUCAUAGCAUCAAUGCCAGCCACACCAACCUGGGACCCUCCUCUUCCUCCCGUCCAACUCAGCCCCAGCCUCAGCCCAAGCACCAUGAGAGGGCCAUGAGCUAUGGUACUGGUAUGGAUGACCUGCGUAACAUGCUGGAGAGAAGCAACAGCCCCAGCAGCACCUACAGAACACUGAGCUCCUCCUCUAGCUCACAUCAUGGGAAAACAACGGUGGCCCACAAGGGUCAUCAUUACGCAGAGCAGCAGAGGCCAGGGAGUUGUGACCAGGCCAAGCCCCAGACCCCCAGGGACCCCUACCACCAGCCUAACCCCCUGGACACUAACCCUGGCUUGGCCCUACAGAGGAGUAUGAGCACCUUCCAACUGGGGAGCCAGGACGGCCAGGAGGAGAACGGCCAUGACAGGGACAGAGAGUUCCAUUGGAGGGAUGACCUGCAGGACCUACUGGGGACCAUCCAGGACACGUCCUUUAACCGGGCCUACAGGGACAGUAUCAAGGACGCCCAGUCCAAGGUGCUCCGAUCCACCUCCUUUAGACGCAGGGACCUGGGAAUCAGCUCCAGCUCUAACCAGAGCUUCAACAACCCCCCUCCUGUAGUCAACAACAACCCCCCUCCUGUAGUCAACAACAACCCCCCUCCUGUCCCCGCUAAGCACUUAUCCUUGGAGAGGAAGGCAGUGGCCCCCAAGACCAGUCCCAAACCCUCCAUUGUCACCACCACUGGCCCAGCCACUUCCCUGUCCCCUCACACCCCCAAAGAGAGGCACACGAUCACCAGCCCAGACCCAGUCCCAGCCCCAACCAUCUCUCCCUCCCCUCACACCCCCAAAGAGAGGCACACGAUCACCAGCCCAGACCCAGCCCCAACCAUCUCUCCCUCCCCUCACACCCCCAGAGAGAGGCACACGAUCACCAGCCCAGACCCAGUCCCAGCCCCAACCAUCUCUCCCUCCCCUCACACCCCCAGAGAGAGGCACACGAUCACCAGCCCAGACCCAGCCCCAGCCCCAACCACCUCUCCCUCCCCUCACACCCCCAGAGAGAGGCACCUUGUCACCCCCAAGCCCGAGAGGUUCAGCCCCCCAGGGCUCCCCGGUGUCCCCGCCUUGGGCCCACCAGUCCCGGCCCGUAUCGGUGGGCGUAAGAGGCUCACCAUGGAGCAGAAGAAGAGAUCGUACUCCGAGCCAGAGAACAUGCACGAGGUGGGGUUAGAGUCUGACCCGAGGAGGAGUGCCCAGCACCAGCAGAUCCUGUUUCCAGGCACAGAGACCAGCGUGGCAGACCGCAGGAGGAUGUUUGAGGUAGCAACCAGUCGCAGCCUGGGCUCCAGCUCCCAGGCUCCCCAGGCCCUCCAGGGCUCCCAGGCUGGUCUAGCCGUCUCCCGGCCGGACCUCUGGCAGCUGCAGCAGGAUGCCCUGGCUGACUACAUGGAGAGGAAGAGAGGCUGGAGGACAGACAGGGACAGGUCCGAGGGGAGACGGCAUCGUCACCGGCCCCACAGUGCCUACCUCCAGCCCUUCACAGACACCCAGAGUGUCUCUUCCACCUCCACCACCAGCCUAGCCUCUCUCCAGGAGCUGUUUGGCCCAGACAGCAGCCUCUCUGGUGAGGAAAGGCUCUGCUCCACCCUGCCUCCCGGUCUGCAGCUCCAGGGUAGUGUCUACCCAGGCAGGGUGACCGCACCACACAUCCAUGCCCAGGCCCCCACCUCAGUCUCCACCUCCCACCAAUACCCCACUGGAUUUGGAUCCAACAGGCCUCUGGAGGGAGUGCCAGCCCCAGCCAAGGCCUACGAGGCUUUCCGGAGCCAGCGAGGCGAUGGGGCCUUUGAAAGAGCUGCUCCAGCCCGGAGCUCUGGGAAGUCCACCUCAGCGGAGGAUCUUCUGGAGCACUCUGAGGAGAGGCCUGCACCACAGCACUUCAGAUCCCGCUCCUCGCCCUCUGUAGAGAGGCUCAACCAGGACUUCAAGACAGGAGGAGAUCUGAGGAUGUUUCCGGACUUCUCUAAUGAACCCCAGCUGUUCACACACAAUGACAACAAUAGGUCCAUGGACAAGCAGCGUUCAAAGCGUCCCGUCUCAGCCUCCCAGUCCCAGGACGUGGCCUCCCAGUCCCAGGACGUGGCCUCCCAGUCCCAGGACGUGGCCUCCCACUACCUGCUGAAUCAGGGUCCUUCCCAAAGCAACACCCCUGUGAUGAGGAGAGAGAGGCAGAGGAACCCCGACCGCCAGCGGGCCCUUAGUGCCUUCAGCCUGGCUGCCUCUGUAGGUCUCCCCUGCCCCUUCUCCUCCCCAGGCACCAGCUCCAGCACUAGCCUUGACUGGCAGGUCAGCGAGAGGUUAAACCAGGGAAACCUGGAUGCCAUCGCCUUCCCCUGCCUGUUGCAGGUUGACGCUCCCAGAGCCGUGUCCCCAGAGACCAGGCGGCGCCCCACAGCAAAUCAGGGCCAGAACCAGGGUCUGCAGACCAGGACCAGACUGGGCUCAUCAGACACCAGCACCUCAGAAGAGACCCUGAAAGACUUCCCCAUAGACAGUCCAGCUACCGUACCAAAGAACAUCCUUCCCCUGGUCCAACCUGAAACAUGUCCCAGACCACACCCCCUGCUCUCCCUCCGCAUCUCAGAGUCCAACCUGCAGGAGACCCCGACCCCACAGGUAGUCCCUCCAAUAGUCUCCUUACAGGACUAUGACGAGGUGUUCCUCCAGGAGCUGGCCCCUCCCUCCCCUCCUCCUCCCCCGCUUCCCAUCAGGGAGACGGACAUCACAGAGGACUUCCCUCCUCCUCCUCCCCUUCUCCUCCUCCCCUCCUCCUCCUCACCCCCGGACAGAGAGGAGCAUCGUCCUGAGCUGCAGCACUUUAACAGCUGUGAGUUCCUGGAGGCUGUGUGUCCAGAGAGAAGACCAUCUAUCUCCUCCCUUUCCCCUCAGACAGUCCCCCCCUCUAUCUCCCAGCCUGAGACUCCGACCCACCACACCCUCAUCGACCCCAGCAGCAGUAUCCCAGAUCCCCAGCAGGGGCCUAGCGGUAAGGAAAGCCUGGGGCUAGAGUACCAUCUCCUGGCCAGGAGGGAGAGGUCUGCUGGGGAGCUGAAGGUGGAAGCCCUGGUCAGACAGCUGGUGUCCCGGGGGGAUAAGACCCUGAGCCCGAUGCUGGACACCUGGCCCGGGGGCGGACGGACCAGCACCAUGGACCUGAUGGAAGAGAUCUUUCCCGCGGUGGGAGGGAGGUUGCCGUGGCAACGCCGUAGGAGCAGCACCUGGCUGGAGGACAGAAGUCAAGAUGGCGUCUGUUCUACAGGACCUGGUCUGCUGCAAAAAACAGAGGGGGGAAGAGGAAUAGAUCUGGAUGAGGCAGACCUCAAUCAGAAAAAGGUGGAGCUACUCCAGGCUCUGACCCUUAGCGUUGCCUCACUCCGAGAUGAGAGAGAGGUUCUGGGUGAGGAGCAGAGGCGGUUCCGGGCCCUAGGGGGCCACAUGGAGAACCUGGUCCAGGAGCGCUGUAAGCCCAAUGAGAAGGAGAAGUACAGGAUGUUCAUUGGGGACCUGGAUAAGAUAGUAAACUUGUUGAUGUCUCUGUGUGGCCGGCUGGCCCGGGUCCAUAACGCUCUCUAUGCCCUGGACAGAGAGGAAGAGACAGAGGACAGCGCAGAGGAGAGGGAGUCUUUACAGCAGAAGCGCCACCAGCUGUGUAGUCAGCAUGAGGAUGCCAGGGAGCUGAAGGAGAAUCUGGAUCGACGGGAGCGUGUGGUACUGGACAUCCUGAGUGGGUACCUGACCGGGCCGCAGCUAAGAGACUACCAGUAUUACGUCUCUAUGAAACCUGCCCUCCUGAUACGACAGAGACACCUGGACGAGCUCAUCAAGCAUGGGGACGAGCAGCUCGACAGGCUGAUAGAGAGUAUCUCUCCUGGGGACCACCAGGCCCAGCUCUGCUGCUCCUCCAACCCAGGGUUAGGCCCCAGGGGUCCCAGCCCUAACCUUGGUCCUACCCGUACUGUCCGCUCCACCACUGUAACAUCACUGUGACUCCUGUAAACCACAACAAUAACAGCCCUGGUCACUACCAGGGAACACUAUACAGCAGCUGUCUCUGGUACAAUGGGUGAAGACUACUACAUACAACACUAUAUGACUGGUGAAUACUACUACAUACAACACUAUAUGACUGGUGAAUGACACUACAUACAACACUAUAUGACUGGUGAAUGACACUACAUACAACACUAUAUGACUGGUGCAUGACACUACAUAAAACACUAUAUGACUGGUGAAUGACACUACAUACAACACUAUAUGACUGGUGAAUGACAC